AUGAUCGCUCUCUUUCUUCAAAUCAUAAUAUUAUGUUUUAUCUUUACCACCACAGCCUCAUCACCUCACGGCUUCACCAUCGACUUGAUCCAGCGUCGCUCCAAUGCAUCUUCUUCUCGAGUCAGCUCUGAUACUCAGCUCGGAUCACCUUACGCUAACACCGUCUUUGAUGAAUUCGAGUAUCUAAUGAAACUACAGAUAGGUACUCCUCCUUUCGAGAUCGAAGCUGUCUUAGACACAGGAAGCGAACUCGUAUGGACACAAUGUUUGCCUUGUACUAACUGUUACGACCAAUACGCUCCCAUAUUCGACCCUUCGAAAUCCUCAACCUUCAAAGAGAAAAGAUGCAACACCCAUGACCACUCUUGCCCUUACGAUCUUGUCUACGCAGACGGAAGCUAUACCAAGGGAACCUUAGCAACCGAGACAGUCACGAUCCAUUCAACUUCAGGGGAACCCUUUGUGAUGCCUCAAACCAUUAUUGGUUGUAGCCACAAUAGCUCAGGGAUUAAAAGACCGAGUUCUUCGGGCAUUGUUGGUCUAGACUGGGGACCUUUAUCGCUCGUCACUCAGAUGGGAGGGGAUUACCCAGGUUUCAUCUCUUACUGCUUCUCUGGUAAAGGAACUAGUAAGAUCAACUUUGGUGGGAAUGCUAAUAUAGCAGGAGAUGGGGUUGUAUCAACCACUAUGUUUAUGACAACAGCAAAACCCGGUUUCUAUUACCUAAACCUAGACGCGGUCAGCGUUGGGGGCACCCGCAUUGAGACAUUGGGGACACCGUUUCAUGCCUUGGAAGGGAACAUGGUGAUAGACUCAGGAACCACUUACACGUUUUUUCCUGAGAGCUACUGUAACCUUGUAAGAGAGGCAGUGGAAAAAGUUGUGAAAGCGGAUCGAGUAGUUGACACGAGCGGCAAUGACUGGUUGUGCUACAAUUCGGACACCAUAGAGAUAUUUCCGGUGAUCACAAUGCAUUUUUCUGGCGGUGCGGAUCUUGUCUUGGAAAAGUACAAUAUGUAUGUGGAAUCGGAGGGAGGAAGACUGUUUUGUUUGGCUAUUUUAUGUGGUAGUGCGACACAAGAAGCUAUCUUUGGGAAUAGGGCACAGAAUAAUUUUUGGGUGAGUUAUGAUUCUUCUUCACUGCUGGUUUCUUUUAAGCCCACCGAUUGUUCUGCGUUGUGGAGUUGAAGAAACAAAGCAAGAGAGUGUCUCUUUACGAACUUUUUAUUAUU